CAUCUAUCCUCUCCACGCUCCCAGUUUGAUGGAAUCAAGAAUGAAGUCGAAAAUUUGUGGUGGAAAAAAUUCUAUUAUAAUUCCAAUGUGUUUAUUAAUAUUAUCAGUUGGAUUGGGAUACAAUUAUAUAAAUAUAUCAAAUAAAUACAAUAGUUCCGAAGAGCAAAACCUCGAAUUGAUACAAAGAAUAAAAGCGCUAUCAAUGAAAAUUACUUCUCUAGAACAAGAGAUGAAUUGGGGUAAAGAUUCCGUUAAAGAGGCGGAAGAAGCUUUAAAGAUAUCUAACAAUAAGAUUAAAGAACAAGAAUCAUCCCUAAAUGAAGCCAAACUUGAAUUAGAUACUAAAAUUAGAGAAACAAAAGAAUUAACCAAAGAUAAUCAAAAAAUAAAGGAAGAAAUGGCAAAAUACAAAAUGGAUUUAGAAAAUUUGAUUAACUCUUUCAAUGGUUGUAAAGAUGAAAAGGAAAAAUUAACUCACCAGAUUGAAGAUGGUUCAAAACAAAAUAUAGCUUUAUUAUCUCAAAUAAAGGAUCAAGGAAUUAAAAUGAAAAAUCUAGAAGAUAAAUCUGCUCAAAAAUUUCCUGAAAAAAAUAUAAUGGGACUUAAGAAUAAUCCAGAUGAUGACUCUAAACUAAAUCAAAACAUCGAUCCUAUUCCUGAUUUUAACAUUGAAGUUCCAUCUAAGGAAGAGGAGAAUCAUAAUGAAGAUGAGAAUGAUCUGAAACCACCUUCUAAUACAAAGAAACAAAAUAUAAAUGAAAUUCAUAAUCUUGAGCUAGAUAAAAAUGCUAAUCAAUUAGAAAACCCACCUCAUUAAAAGUCAGGAUCUCUUUUUUUUAUAAAACAAUAUAAACUAUAGAAUAUAGCUAAUAAAAAAAGAAUUCAUUUAUAUUUUCCUUUGUAAUUUCUACAAUUUUUUUUUAAAAAAUGCUUAUUUGUUACAUGGUCACCUUAUUUAGCAAUCAAAAUUCUGCUUUCCCAUUUAUAAGAGUCUUAAGAUAAAUCAAUACUAGAUUUUAUUUUUUGUAAUAUAGUUAUUGUUAUUUUAGGAAAUAACUUUUUUUAUACCUAAAAUCUAUGAUAUAUAUGAUAACUUUACAGGUAAUAUGAUUUAAAUUAAAAAUAUACUCUCAAUAUAUAUAUUAAAUAUACUUACCAAAAAACAUAUUUGAAUUAUGCAAAUUUUAAAUACAUUUGGCUUGAUUUUUUGUUUGGAAAGGUUUUAAUGAAAUUUAAUCAUUGGUAUUAUAUUAUUUAUAUAUAUAUAUAACAUCUUAUAAGGACCCAUUAUUUCUUAAGACCAAAUCUGUAUUUUUUAAAAAGGGGCUAUUAUCACUUAAUAUAUUGUACUUAUAUAUAUACAUGUUUAAACUACUAAAAUUUUUGCAUUUUAUAUAAAUAAAUUAUAUAUAUUUAAAAAUAAAUUUGAUAGCAUUAUAUUUUAAAAUGUGUUAUAUAAU